AUGGGAUCAAGACUGCACCAUGACUGGUCAGAGUUGGCUCCGGAAUGUCUCCUAGACAUUUUCUCACGGCUGAGCAUGGGGCAACGAUGGAACGGACCAAUGCUGGUCUGCAAGACAUGGAUGAACUUAUGUCAAGACCCGUCCUUCAACACUGUCUUGGAUCUCGAAGCUGAGUUUCUGUCUUCCCCUGAGUCGUUUUACUGGUGGAGCCCCGAAUUCGAGGAAAAAGUGGACUCAACCAUCCGGUCUGCUGUCGACCAGAGCCAAGGCAGUCUGACGGAAGUUCGAGUCAGACAUUGUACGGAUAAAUCUCUCUCAUACGUCGCCGAGAGGUGCCCAAAUCUUGAGAUACUUUGGGUUAAAUAUUGCCCAAAGGUUACAGAUGUGUCGAUGAGAAAGAUAGCAUUAAACUGCCCUAAGCUUAAAGAACUUGAUAUUCUGAAACGAAACUCAAUGCAGCCUUUGUUGACAUGA